AUGCGUAAGGUAACAUUAUUGCGCAAAGUCGCUACUACGCGUUUGGAAAAUUGUGCGUCUCUUGAGGAUUACGUUUGUCAAAUACUGGACACUGCGGAUCAAUUAGCAUGCAUUGGCAUGAAUUUAAAUACCGAGUUAGUCGGCGCUUUAAUGUUAGCUGGUUUGCCGCCCCAAUACGAGCCCUUGACUUUGCCGCUAGAAGGUUCGGGACACUCGGUGACUUCCGAUCUAGUCAAGACCAAGUUACUACAGCACGUAAAAUCACAGGAUGUAUCGGCAGAAGCCGCGGAAGGUUUCUAUACUCAGCCGAAUUAUAAGGCAGGAGUAAAUUCUGAAAAUAAAGGCAACGAAAAUUUUCACGUUAAGAAAAUACGCUGCUUUAAUUGUAAUAAAAUGGGCCACGUUUCUAAGAAUUGUCGCGCAAAAAGAAAACGCGCCAAUGUAAAUACAGUUGAGUCGGAGCAGUUAGAAGACAAAGAAGACGCUGAAGCUACGUGUGCGUUCCUGUCUCAAAGUUUGUCAACACAAGAGAGCUGA